AUGUUUGUGUAUGGAUCACCUGAUUUAUCGGGUCGCUCUUCUGUUUGGGCUGAAUUUACUCAUCUUUUACAAACCUAUCACAAAGUGCUUCUAAUUGGGGAUUUCAAUCAAGUUGAAUACAACACAGACAAAGUUGGGGGUUCAGCAAAAAUUACGGGACAAACACAGUUCCAGGAAUGGAAAAUUGAUAGUGGCUUGUUACAUAUCCCUUUUACUAGACCUACUUUUACCUUGACUAAUGCUAUAAUUCUUCAGGAUAAACCUGAAUUCACUCCUCAUCGGCCAUACAGAAUUGAAAACUGGUGUCUUCUUUCAAAAGAGGUGGCGAACAUCAUUUCUUUAUCUUGGUCCCUGGAAGUUUCAGGUUCUCCUAUGUAUACUAUUUCUAGAAAGCUGGAGAUUUUGCGUAGUAAGCUGCUUAAAUGUUGGGUGGUUCAUGACCAUGACGGUGUUCGUAAAAUCAUUCUUGAUUAUUUCUCGCAUCUGUUUUGUUCUCCAUAUGAGCACAUUAACCUGCUUGAUUUUGACUGGGCUACUAUGAACCUUCCUCACCUCUCGCCUUCUGGUAAGGUUGACCUUAUGAUUCCUAUAUCUGCUGCUGAAAUCAAGCAAGUUAUGUUCAACAUUAAUGACUCUAAAACCCCUGGUCUUGAAGGAUUCACUUCUGCGUUCUUUAAAUCUCAUUGGACUACUGUCGGCCCUUCAGUUAUUUCUACUGUGCAAUAUUUCUUCCUCCAUGGUCACAUGCUUCGUGAACGGAAUCGUACCUUCAUUGUUCUCCUCCCCAAGGUGGAUCAUCCACAACAGCCUUCUCAGUUUCGCCCAAUAGGUUUAUGCAAUGUCCUUUACAAAUGCAUUGCCAAAUGCAUUGCUUUUAGACUUCGAAAAGUUCUGCCUUCCCUAGUGUCGGAUUCCCAGAAUGCUUUUGUACCAGGGAGACUUAUGUCUGAUAAUAGCCUUACCGAUCAUGAGUUUUUUUCUUAUAUGAAUCGAUCCCGGGGUCGUACUAUGUCUACUGCUCUGAAACUGGAUAUGAACAAAGCCUAUGACAGGGUCAACUGGAAGUUUCUGUGGCAGCCUUCUCCUACGGCUUGUAAUGAAGUUCUGCAGCUAAAAGUGCAAGCAUCCUUGGGUUCGUACUUAGGUCUUCCGGUGGAUAUUGGCAGAAGUAAACGUAAAGCUUUUCAACCCCUCAUUGAUACGAUUGUUAAUCGGUUGAGCGGCUUUGCCUCCCUUCAUCUUUUUGCUGCAGCUAAGUUGGUAAUUAUUAGCUCCGUUUUGGUUACUUCUCUUAAUCAUGUUUUAUCGGUGUUUAAGAUUCCUUCCUCAGUCACUGAUGCCAUUAACAAUCUUUUGAUCCGUUUCUGGUGGAAGACUAAUCCUCACUCUAAAGGUCUUGCUAUGGCCCCUUCCUCCCUUCUCUUUCGACCUAAAGGUUUUGGGGGAUUAGGACUUUGA